AUGGCAAUAGCUUCUUCAUGUUCCAGUGCAACUUCAUUCUUGCACUUCUCCUUUUCCCUUUCCCUCUCUCUUCUCUUCUUCUCCGCAACGUCGUCAACUGACACAAUCUACGCUGAAAGUUCUCUGUCCGGCAACCAGACCAUCACCUCCGGAGGCGGCAGGUUCGUGCUUGGCUUUUUCACGCCACCAGGCAGCACCGGCACGACCUCCUUCAACUACUACAUCGGCAUCUGGUACGAUACGAUUUCUGUAGUCACCCCGGUGUGGGUGGCCAACAGAGCCACUCCAGUCACCGACCCAACCGCGUCGGAGCUUAAGAUCUCUGACGAUGGCAAUCUCAUCAUCCUCAACCAGUUCAAAUCCAUCAUAUGGUCGACCAACGUCACCACCAUCCCAUCCUCCAACUCCACAAUCGUCGCGGUCAUCCUUGACACGGGUAAUCUCCAGCUCAGGGAUGAAUCCAACUCCUCUCUCAUCUUCUGGCAGAGCUUCGAUCACCCCACCGACACUUGGCUUCCCGGCGCCAAGAUCGGGUUCAACAAGCUCACCAGCACGCCUCAACGCCUCACUUCCUGGAAGAACAAAGUUGACCCUUCUCCUGGACUCUUCACUCUCCAGAGCGAUCCAACCGGCGCAACCUCUCAGUAUUUGCUUUUCUGGAAUUUGUCGAAGGAAUAUUGGGCCAGCGGAAUCUGGGACGGACACGUCUUCACUUCUGUCCCGGAGAUGACCUGGAGAGGCAUCGUCAACUUCGCUUUCACCAACAACACCGAGGAGAGCUAUUUCAUCUACACUUCCAAUGAUCCCAACCUCAAGAUUAGAUUUGUCUUCGAUUAUGAGUCCGGCCAGAUGCUCGUUUUGACGUGGAUGGAGAAUACAAUAUCAUGGAUGCUCUGCUGGGCUAUGCCCAAGUUUAGCUGUUCGGUGUAUGCUAGCUGCGGACCUUUCGGUAGCUGCAGUGAUAUCAGCAGGCCUUCUUGCACUUGUGCCAGGGGUUACAGAGUGAUGUUCCAGAACGAGUGGGAUUUGGGUGACAGAAGAGCAGGCUGCCAGAGGAUCACUCCUUUCCAAUGCGAACAAAACACCAACAAUAAUGAGAAAGAUGGAUUCUUUGAGAUGCCAAACGUUAAGCUGCCUGAUAACCCCAACACUGCGGUCAAGGUCGGGAGUAGGGAAGGCUGCGAGUUGGUUUGCAUGAGUAAUUGCUCCUGCAAUGCUUAUUCCUACAACGGUAGUGGCUGCUUUGUUUGGCAUGGAGGGUUGCUGAAUCUGCAAGAACAAUAUGAUCAAUCCGAUGCAGGCACUCUUUACCUGCGCUUGGCUGCCUCGGAGUUGCAAUCUUCUGAAAGAGACAAGAAGAGAGUGGCAAGUUGGGUUAUCAUCGGUUCCAUUGUCCUGGCCAUCUUGUUUACUUGCGUUCCUGCCACUUUGAUUGUGAUAAAGAAGCGAGAAAGUAGGCGGAUGAUUGAGAAAGCAAAGGCUAUGCAGAGUCGUCUCGUCUCGUUCACAUACACUGAGCUGCAACAAGCCACACGGAAGUUCUCAACGAAGCUCGGGGGAGGAGGCUUUGGAUCAGUGUUCAAAGGCACAUUGCCGGGGUCUAAUUAUAUCGCUGUGAAGAAGCUUGAGGGCCUUUGCCAAGGCGAGAAGCAAUUCCGAGCGGAGGUGAGCACACUAGGAGCCAUUCAACAUGUAAACCUCAUUAGGCUAAUAGGAUUUUGCUCUCAAGGGACCAAGAAGUUGUUGGUCUAUGAGUUCAUGCCAAUCGGUUCCUUAGCUGAUCAACUUUUUCUUAGCAACUCGAAUGUACUAGACUGGAAAACAAGAUAUCAAAUUGCUACCGGAACUGCAAGAGGAUUAGCCUAUCUCCAUGAGCAAUGCAGAGACAGCAUCAUACAUUGUGACAUUAAGCCAGAGAACAUACUGUUGGACGAUGCACUUGUGCCAAAGGUAGCUGAUUUUGGUCUAGCAAAGCUUGUCGGAAGGAACUUUAGCAAAGUUCUCACAACUAUUCGAGGAAGUAGAGGGUACAUCGCGCCUGAAUGGAUUUGGGGUAUGCCCAUCACUACAAAAGUAGACGUUUACAGCUACGGAAUGAUGUUGUUCGAGAUCAUAUCAGGAAAGAGAAACCUCAUGCACACCGGAGAAAGUAGUUUUGAGUUCUUCCCCUUAGUCGCAACGAACAAACUCGUAAUCGGAGAUGUCAAAAGCUUGAUAGAUCAAAGGUUAGAGGGUAAAGUCAACUUAGAAGAGUUUGAAAUAGCUUGUAAACUUGCUUGCUGGUGCAUUCAAGAUGACGAGAGUUCGAGGCCAACCAUGAGUCAAAUUGUUCAAGCUCUAGAGGGCAAUCUAGAUGUUGGCAUUCCUCCUGCUCCAAGGUCUCUUGGAGCCCUAAACGUGUCAUGAGCCAAGAGCAUCAAUUCCUCUAGCUCACAUCAGCACUAAGGAUUAUUGUGCCACUUCAACUAGUCCUCAGAUAAGGAGUUCUGCAACUUAAAUCCUGUUUAAGUUCCAAUAAAACCAGGAGAAAGAGUUGCAGUGAGUUCCUUUUUUAUUUAUUUAUUUUUUAUUUUUUUGUAUUUGAACUUUAAAUCUGCAUG